AUGACAAGUUCGGAUAAUGAUUUUGAUGAUGAUGAAUAUGAUGAACUUCUACAAGGUUUUUUAACAGGAAGAACACAAUUACCAAUAAAUCAAACUCAAAAUAUCCUGAAAAUUCAAAACACAUCAAUAACACCGUCAACAACAGCUCCAUUAGCAUCACAAUUUUUAGAUAAGGCAUUAAAUGAUGAAAGCCAAUCAAAAUUAUUCCAAGCAGAUGGUGAAAUAGCAACUUUAAAAGCUCAAUUAUUACAAUUACAAAAUGCAAAACGUGAAGAAGUUAAUCAAUUAAAACAAUCAUUAGACGCGUUAAAAAGAAGUAAAGAUUCAGAAACAACUGCGUUAAAUGAUGCUAUUAAUAAAUUGGAAGAUGAUAGAAAAUUUCUAAGGAAUGAGUUAAUUACAACUAAUGCAUUGAAAAAAAGGAAAACAACAAAUGGAUUUUCACAACCAAUAAAUAAUCAUCAACAAAACCGACCGAAAAACGAUAGAGGUAAUGAUUUUAAAACUCGAGAUUUUACUCAAGCAACUCCCAUAAGAGAAUCAUCCUUUAUUGUAAAACCAGCUCAACCAGUUCAAACAAACAUCAAACAGCAAAAUGAUACAUCAUUGUUAAUUGAUCAAUUGUGGAAUUAUUGCAUUGUUGGAAGUCCCAGAAAAUCGUUUGAUUACUUGAGUAAAGUUUGUUUUGAAUUUGAAAUGGAGACACUUUAUGGAUAUAAAAUUAAAAGAAGACAACCUUUGUCAUCAUCAAUUAUUGACAUAUUAAUGAAUAUGAAGGAUUUGAAAUUAGAGUUAUUCAUUGAAAAAAUUACAUCAUUAAUAUUUGAUAUCAUUACACAAGCACUGGCUAAGAAAUUUGUAGUAUCAAUUCCAUUUUUAAUAUCAUUAAUAUAUUGUGCCAUAAGUUUCCGACCUAAUUCGGUGACAAAAAAAAUCAUUAUAAAGUUGAUUCAAAAUUUUGCUGAAUUAGCAAAAAGAUAUUUAUUUCUACUCAAUCCGAAUUUGGAGGAGGAAGUUGAUUUUGAGGAUUAUCAUGACGUUCCAGAUCAAGUUGUUGCUAUUGAAAAGUAUAUUUUAAUCAUUUCAUUAGAUUUGAUUGAAAAAUUAGUGUCCAUCGCUUCAAUAUAUGAUGCUGAAUUUAUCAAGAAAGUUUGGCUGAGCAAUGUGAUACCAACCAAUUUAAUUAAGACCUGUUUACCUCAAAAUGGAGAAAGAUUUAAAACUGUUGCACAAGUAAAUGUAAUUUUCAAUAUAGUGGAAAUGUUAAAUUAUUCUUUAACUGAAGAUACAUUUGGAUUUAAUGAUUCAGUUUCUGAUGUAACUAUGAUUUUGUCAUUAAUGAAUAUUUUCUCACUAGAUAUACCAAUAAAAGAAGGUCUCAAAUUUUAUGGAUUAAACAGACUUAUUGGAAAUAACUUUGACAUGAGAUUAAUUGAUGCAACCAUUCCAAUUGAACAUGAUAAAUUAAAUAAUUACUUAAUAGUUAUUCCUCAACCAAUUUAUAAAAUUUCAAAGCAAAAUCCUCCAAAAAAGGAUCUAAACUUUAAUGAUGAAAAUCACAUACUAAAUUUGAAAAUCAGAGUUACUGAAUUAUUAAUUUCCAUAAUUAUUACAAAACAGACAGUUGAAUUUUUAUACGAUAAAGAAUAUUUCAAAUCAUUUAUACGAAUUAUAUCGAUUGAACAAAUUCAUAUUUCAAAAAAUCCGAGAUCUCAAUUAAUUCAUCAUAGAGUCCAAUUAAUAGCUUUAAUUGUUAAAAUUUUGAACUAUUUAACUCAAGAUCUACAUGAAGCUAGUGAUUUGGUUUAUAGUGAAACAUUGUAUGAGUUAUAUGUUGUUUUACUGAGAAUUGCAUUCGGUUCAGAUUCAUUAUCAAUUGAAGCUCAUAAAUUAUUAAGUAAAAUUCGAUCAAAAGGUUAUCAAAAUCCAGUAUUCAACAAAACUUGUGAGACACAAGCUAGAUUGUUGAACCAUUUAACUGUAAGAGAUUUUGAAGAUGGAAAAUUAAUAGCUAAUAUAGAGAGUGAUUAUGCCAACGGAUUUGAAUUUCCAUAUGAUUCGGAAACUGUCGAAUUGUCGAGAGAUAUUUUAAACAGAUUUGUUAAUCAAGAAGAAGCUGAUAAUUUGUAUUUUAACAUGAAUUAUGAAUCUGAUGAUGAAGAAAAUAGUAACGUAAUGCCAAAUAAUGAUAGUGACGAAGAGAUGAACUUGUAA